AUAGUAAAACUUUUCCAAUGAUUCUAUUAGGUUAUCAACGAGACAGAACAGACAGAGAAAUAUAUAGACGUCAGAGUUCUACUAGUACAGUACAGACAAGACUCAAGUGAUGAUUAUAACCUAAUCACUACGGAAACAUUACAACAAAAUAAUUGUCAUCCAAUUCCUCCAGUGUUAUUGGCUGAAAAAAAUAAAUGAUGAGGAAUAUCCUGCUCCUUGCUGUGCUGUACUUUCUACAAGGCUUGCCAUAUGGACUACAGGCUAAAUUUCUGCCUGUAUACUUCAGGUCACAUGGUAUGAGUUUGACUGACAUCAGCCUCUUCAAGUUACUGCUGUUACCCUGGAUGUGUAAAGCAUUGUGGGCCCCAUAUGUUGACCGUUAUGGCACCAAAAGGGAUUGGCUCAUGUGGAGUAUGUCAGGGUUAGCACUGACUUGCAUAGUUGGAGCGUUUUCUCCACCUGAACUCAUCAUUCCAUUGGGUUGUGUACUCUUCCUUUUCAAUCUUUUAACCUCCACUCAGGACAUUGCUGUGGAUGGAAUAGCUAUACAUAUGCUGUCAUCAUCUGAGCUGGCGUACGGAAACAUCGCUCAAGUAGUUGGCUAUAAGGUGGGCACAUUGGUCAGUGGAGGUGUCCUGACCUGGUUAAGUGAUCACCUGCCCUGGUCAUUACUCUUUUUUGUUUUAGUUGGUGUUUAUUCCCUAUCAACAUUUUUUGUGACAAUUGGCAUACCACAUACAGAACGGACACACCAGGAAGAUACUGGAAAAAGUGAACAAAGCUCCAAACGAACAGAUAAUGAAGAUGAUCAGUAUGGAUGGUUUUUCAGACAUCUAGUAGACGUAUACAGAUCAACUGGGACUAAAUGGAUUAUUGUUUUUGUGCUUCUAUAUAAACUUGGGGAACAAGGAGCAAUUAGUAUGGUCCCACUGUAUUUGGUAGACAAAGAUCUGCCAAUGUCAAAAAUUGGAUUCUGGACAGGAAUUGUUGGACAACUGGUGUCUAUUUUUGGUUCAUUUCUUGGAGGAUGGCUGAUAUCACAUCUCAGCUGGAGCACAGUGGACCUCCUCAAAGUGUCAUGUAUGUUGCGGUUAUUUCCACUUACCUCUCAGAUCCUUGUAGUAUGUUUCUGGUCUGAAGAAUAUGUAUCACUGUGUUAUGUGAUAUCCGUCUUGAGUAUGCUCACUAUGUUACUCAUUAGUGGUACGGUAACCACAGCAACCUUUACUAUGAUGAUGCAGUGCUCACAGCUAGCGCCCUCUCAGAUCCAGGCAACACACUACACUGUGCUGGCUACACUGGAGGUUCUAGGAAAGCUGACCUUCUCUGUGGUGACUGGACCUAUGACAGAUGUUUUAGGAUACAGAUAUGUGUAUUUAAUAUUUAUAGCACUCACUGCAUUUCUACUACCAUUGUUCAGAUACUGUCCACCAAGUUUGGAAGAGAAAGCAAAUACAAAUAAAAAUAAUUAACAUAUUCAUCAUACAGCUCAUUUUUAGUUGAUUUCAAAAUUAAUACUAUGGAAGUUGGUGAGCUGGAGGUGACUUCCUUCUCUUCCAAUAGUAUUUUCUUUUUUUGAUGUCGCAAAUAAAGACAAAUAUUAAA